AUGGCAGCGCAACCUCCGCCGGCCGGCAGUGCCCAGCAGGCGCACCCGCUUCGGCCUUACUAUCAGCCACCUGAGGACUCGGUCUUCAUCGCUACUGCUCCCCGUUUCAGCACCACUGGCAUCCCGGGCGCUGCCUCUCGGUCUUCUGCAGGCGCCUCUGCCGGCUCAUCAUCCAAAGCCUUCGGGGCCGCUACUGCUCCCAUGAAACCAGACUCGAACCGAUACAUCUCAUCGAACGAUGCAAAGCCCUACGUUGCAACCACAUCAACCGGCGGCUUUGGCGAGGCAGACAUCAGCAUUUCAGACAUCUUCCGCGCCCUUCUCAUCAGCGGAGCACUCCAAUGCACUAGCACUUGCCUUGCCAUGCCCUUCGAGGUCGGUAAGCUUCUGCUGCAAGUGCAGUGGGUGCCCAGGGACGAUGUUUGGCUGCAGCUCACGCAACAAGCAGCGCUUGCACAACGACGCACAAUCACAAAGCCACAGCAGACAAGACCUCCACAUGAGAUCCAGGGCAGCGAAGAGCCUGAAGCUUGGGAGCAGGAAGUUGCACCCGAGGCUAAUGAGUGGGACGACGAGGCCACCGCUCAGGAUGCUGAAGCGGAAGAGGAGAUGAUUGAUGCUGAAAUCUCAGAUGAGGAGGACGUCGAUGCCUACUUCCGUGAUGUAACCUCGAGACCGACUCGUCCGGAUACUUUGCUCUACUCCGGUUGCAAGAAGAGACGCAUGGUGGAUGCUUCCGGCUAUGUGAUGCGCAAGAGCGUGUACGACCAAGGCGCGCGUCCUGAGUUUGUGAUGCCAGUCAUAGUUAGAGGAGGCGUAUGGGAGAUGAUGAAAGCUGUGGGCCGUGGAAAGGAAGGUUGGCUCGGUCUCUGGAAGGGUUCGCUGACUUCCUUCGUUCUUGAGGUCACAUCAUCAACAAUCCAGCCUUUCGUCUCUUCCAUUAUCUCAUUGUUCGCACCAACAGCGCUAUCACCUCUGCCGCUCGCGUAUGCGCCAUACCCAUACAAGACGCUUGGUCUGUUGCUCUCGUCACACCUCAUCACCGGCAUUCUCGUCUCGCCACUGGACCUCAUCCGUACGAGACUGAUCGCUCAAAGCACUCUACCAGCUCAUCGCAAGUACAGUGGACCUUACGAUGCCAUGCAGAAGACCCUGCGUGAGGAGGGCGGCUGGAAGACCGCCUACCUUCACCCCAAUCUUCUCAUCCCCACCAUCCUCGAUUUCACAUUGCGCCCACUUCUCUCGCUCGGCGCACCUCUGCUCAUCGAACAUACGCUCCGACUCGAACCUAACACUCACCCGAUCAGCUAUGCUAUCGCAGAACUCGCCAUCUCCACCGCCUCGCUUUGCAUCACCCUCCCGAUCGAAACUGUGCGUAGGAGACUGCAGCUCCAGAUCCGCAAGCCAUACGGCAGCAACGAGGCAGAGGCCAGUACAAGCUCUGCUCGGAAGAUCACCAGCGCUACACUGCAACAGCAGCAGCAACAACAGACCGGCUUGACACCUUCGCACGGCGGCAUCACACUCAUCACAGGCAAUGUUGGUGUGCGCGGUCUGCGUACUUGCGUCGAGACCCGCCCGAUCGCAUACGUCGGUGUUGUCGAAGCCAUCUAUCGGAUCGUCACUGAAGAGACCGUGGCGACACACAUGGGAUUUGCGAAACCCGACCAGGCUUCUUCUUUAGCAAGCGACUCAGGAGGCGCAGCGUCAAACGACGCGUCGGGAUCGGCAGCGGGCCAGAAUCCGAUGGUCCAGUCAGGCAUUUUGGCGGCAAAGACGGGCUACUCUUCGCUCGGUGGGUUACGCUCGCUCUAUCGUGGGUUCGGCAUGGCUUUCAGCGCCAAUCUCGUUGUGUUCAUGUUGACGCUUGUCAGCGGCGAACGCGCUGGGCCUGCAGGAUGGGCUGAAAUCUAA